CGUACUGCUGACUGCACUGUACGGAGCCACCGGACUCUGCAGCCCUGCGACGUGGAAGGUAAGAAGUUGAGCCCGAGCCGUUGGACACGCCGAAGGAAAACAUGACAGCCGAUGAAAAUGUGUGCCACUUAAGUGAUUUGGGGACCAUGCAACGAAUCGUUAAGUAGUGGCGGAAGAGUGAUGAUUUAAAGUUGAAGGAAGACAGAGCACGAGAUCGCGACUUUGAACUUUUGGAGUCUUUGCACCGUUAGGCGAUCCCGGCACCCUGCAGCCAUGAACGGAGCGGCGGCGAUCGUCUUCAUCAGCCUGGCCAUGUUCGUAGGAUGCUAUGCCUUGGGCUUGAUCCCGAUCAUCAUCAAACUUUCAGAGAAAAAGCUGCAGUUUGUCAGUGUCCUGGGGGCAGGCCUGCUAUGCGGAACAGCCCUGGCGAUCAUCAUUCCCGAGGGGAUUGAACUGCUGGAGGAUUCGCUGAAAGCUUCUCUCCCACUUUGCACCCCUGUGGCACUCAAUGGCAAUGGAACUGAUGGGACGGCCGCAGAAAAACCACCGUUGCCCCCUCACUUUUUCAUUGGCAUUUCCUUAGUGGGAGGCUUCAUUCUGAUGUUCAUUGUGGACCAAAUCGGGAGCUACUUGUCUUUUCAGAAUUCCCACACAGGAAUGUCGGGAAUUUCCAGCAUGACUGCCACCUUAGGCUUAGUGAUCCACGCGGCAGCUGAUGGUGUGGCACUUGGAUCUGCGGUGGCCUCGUCUCAGGUCUCUGUUCAAGUCAUUGUGUUUUUGGCAGUCAUUCUGCACAAGGCACCUGCAGCAUUUGGACUGGUGUCGUUUCUGUUGCAUACUGGUUUGGAGAAGAGGCAGAUCCAGAAACACCUUCUGGCUUUUUCCAUAGCAGCUCCAGUACUAGCAGUCGCAACGUUCUUCAUUCUCAGUAUGACUGGAGGGACGUCUCAACACCGACUCAGUGCCACAGGGAUCGGUAUGCUGUUUUCUGCUGGGACGUUUCUGUAUGUGGCCACCAUCCACGUCUUGCCAGAAAUCAGCCACAGAGGCCACCGACAAUCGCAACAACAUCACCGUGGCUCUGGGGACUACGAGUAUGGCGGUCUGGGCCUUUGGGAGAGCGUGAUGCUUGUCGUUGGCAGUGGACUUCCUGUUUUGCUGUCGCUUGGACUACACGACUGAAGAGGUCUAUUAUUUUAAAGGGAAAGGGAGCUCGAACUCUCAGAGCUGGCAAAGCAUUUCCAAAGGUGCUGGUUUUAAUGGAUGUGUCCUCCUCUGUGCUGCUGCUGCAUCCUCCAUCCAUCCAUUCACCUUGAAACAUUCAGGACUUGUAGGCGGGCACUUAUAGGAGUGACGGGGUCCUCACAGCAGCCUUGACUGGAGCCCUGAUUAGCUACUGGCCUAUGUGUCACAACGCCGUCACUUUUACUGCCUGCCUGGUUGCUCUGGUUAAGGGUCUGCAGUAUUCUGCCCGUUCCUUCUUCUACUGAGGAGUCCAGUCCAGGCAUGAACUGCAAAAGACUUAAGACUGCGGACGUUUAUUUCCUGGUGGUAACUAAAGUGGUAAAGUUACAAAUUUUUUUUUGUGGUUUUAUUUAUCAUGUGAUAAAAAGCAGUGGGGUCUACUUGUCAAAUUAAUCAACAUACAGCAGUCUUUCGUACCCACUUGGUGGGUAGGUGACCACUGAUGGUGGGGCAAACGCGUAUUUACCACUCAGCCUUAUAGUAUCUUGUAAUGCUGUGUUUUGACGUUACGUGAAUCUGCUCUGAUGCUUGGGACGUCUCACAAGCACAUCACUGGAGGUUUGUAUUUGAUUUCAGGGCAUCAGUUUGAGGCACACAUUUGGCUGGCACUCUGAAUUCUGAUUGAUUUCAAAUGAAAUGUCGCUACUGAACGACACACAGGAGCAAACAUGCAGCUUCUCACAUCCCAGCAGCUCAUCGGUCCUUCACCAUUUCUCUCUUUCUGGUCACUUAGCUUAAGUGUGUCAGUCUUCGGCUGACGUCUUUAUCCAAGGCGACUUGCAACGUUUAUGAUACAAUUGGUUCCAUUUCCUUUGCUUGUAUAAUUGAAGCGCAGGCAGGUGACGUGACUUUCUCACGGUCACCUGGUGUCAGUAGUGGGAUUUGAACCCACAGCCUUACAGUUUGCAGUCCGAAGCCUGACAUUAGCCAACUAUUAAUAAUUAUUAUUAUGGAGUUGUACAUUAUCCAGCCUAUGGAGUUAUUUGCCUUCAUAGUAAAAUGUUAGCUAGGAAAUUUAAAUUGUGUUAUUCUACAUGGGAAGUUUUAUUUUACUAUUAAAUCAUCUGCUACACCAUAUUCUCUCCUAUUUGUUAAAAUCAAAUAUUCUUUAGACAAUAACUAACUAACUAAAUAAAUAAAUAAAACUGCCACAGGGCAGACCAAAACCUCAUAUAUCUAGUUGUAGCCAACAUGUUCAUGUUUUGGCCAUGAGCUGUCAGACUGAAGUUGCAGGCACACACAGUUCUUCAAUUUCUAUUUUAAAAGGUGAUCAUGACAAAGAUGGGCCAGCGUCACUUGCUUCACCUGCAUCACCAGCAGCCUGUGCCACUUUGUACAUUUAUUUUGAGGUCAAACAACCUCAGUUGUGGCCAGUGGGGGCGCUGAUGAGCAGUCCCUCCGAAUUCAAAAUAAACCCCAUAAGUGCAAAGACAAUUAGGAGGAAAGUUACAGGAGGACAUGAACGAAGAAAACCACAGGUCCGGUUGUCCUAUUAGGCCUAACUAGAUAGACAGAUAGAUAGGAAAGGCAUUAUAUGAUAGAUGGGUAAAUAGAUAUAAAAGGAACUAUAUGAUAGACUUUAUUUGUCCCCAAGGGGAAAUUAGGACUUUACAGAAGCUCAAGGGAGAAAAAGAGAAAUGCAGGUGUUGCUCUUUUCUUAUCAUGUGGGAGUCUGCCGUACCUUAAGGUCGCAUUACUCAACAUUUUCAGUCACACGGCAGCGGUCGUGUAGUGUGACAUACCAGUGACCCACCCCAACAAAUUCAAACAGGUUUGAUUACAUUAAGUCGCAUGCAGGAGUGGGCUUGUGUGGGCGUGACAGCCAAUAGCCAGGGUGUACAAUGCAUAUAGUGCGGCUACAAGGAAAAGGGAACACCGGUGCUUUGGAUGUGACAGUCAGAAGUGAGACUCGUCUGCAUGAUGUUGUGUGUUUUAUAUACCACAACAGAAUGGUGAAAAAAAAAAACCAAAAAAAACAAAACACCCAAAAUGGCUGAGAUCGCAGCUGAACUCGACCGACCUAUAAAGUCUUGGCACACGGGCACCGGCUCUGUCAGGCAGCACAUUAAUUAACUGUCAGAAAAAAAAGAGGAUGAGCUCACAAUAUUUUUGAAACGUGAAACUGUGCUGGAAAAACCGUCACUUGGUCAUCUAACUUGACAUACCCUGUGAUUUUUACUCGGGUGAAAUAUGACUGCUCAGGCAACGAGAUGAGCAACUGCAGUCGUCAAGUGUGACAUCCCCUCCGACUAGAAGCCGUGUAAAUCAGCUUUACCCAUCUUCCUGCCCUUUGUUAGUGAGGCUCCUUCCUGUCCAGUCCAUGCUCAUGUGGAUGAAAGCAUCUUUUCAAUCCUGGGUAGAAUUUGCUUCUGGAGUUUGGGUUGGCUUAGGGGAGCAUGGUACCCACUGCCAGUGCACAAUCCACCAUGGCAUCCUACUGCCCAGCACUUUGGAAACACCUGGCAUCUGCCAUUUCCCACAGUAUAUAAGUGAUAAUGUGUUAUGUCUCUCUUUAUUAAAAUAAGCUACUAAAUUAGCACACUUUCUACCAAAUACAGUGUGCAUCGACACUCACACUGACUAAACAUCUUGGAUAUACAGAAUUUGUGUGCCUUCAAAUUUGGUUUUAUUAUACGUAGCAUGCACACAUUUUUAAGGUAUUGCUUAACCUACAGAUCAGGACAUCUUAAACGUUUUUUCCUUGCUACCCAGUUUGCCUAUUGCUUGUCUUGGCGACCCGUAACCGCCAUGGAGCAGCAGCUGAUCAUUGGGCCGUUCCCCCAGACAUCAUCCGGAGAUAUUUGAAAAUCGCUGCCCACUGUCAUCUGGGGGCAGGCAUGGGAGUUUAAGGGGAUUCAGGUAAUUCCACCUUUGUAAAUCGCCGCUGACCGCCAUCCUUGAAGAGUUGCUGACACUCCAGAUCUCAGGUUGUUUGCUUCAGCCAUGCAUAUCCCAUAGUUUAUCAACCCCUGCUCUAGAUUUAACUUGGAGUUUUAAAUUACCUACUGAUGUUUUUUAUUUGUUCAGCUUUCGUGAAAACUGCUCUACAAGUAAAGUAUAAUUAAUAGAUGCGAAUCUUAAAGUUACAUACUAGAGUUGAGUUACACCGUUGCCGGAAUUUUCUGUGGGAGAGGAAAUAAUUUAUACAGAACAGACAAUUAGCCAUUGAAAUGCGACCCAGCAGGCGCUUGGCAGAGAGUGGCCAGCCACUAAUAACCUGGCAGGUGUCGAAUGCCACCUCUGACUGGCUGGCUGAUGCCAACUGGAAUUUUUAACCAGCUGCUUUUUAUAGAAAUAGGUGCUGCAUAGACAGUGGCAGGACGAAGUGUGGAAAUAAACGCAUUUAUGUAUAACUUUGUCUUAAAACAAUGUGGUUUGAUCUUCAUCUAAGUUACAAUAAAGAAGAAGCACAAUCUCUUUUAAAUAAUAACACACACACACACCCCAUUGGAUUAUUCUUGUAUGUAUUGAAUACAGUGGCAUACAGAAGAUGCAGCCACCUUAUUUAAAAUGUUUGUUACUGUGAAUAGUUAAGUGAGCAGAAGAUGAACUGAUCACCACAAGACAUCAAUUUCAA